GCGGCAGCUCACAUUCGAAACGCGUCCGUCCACGAGUGCGGUAUCAAGUGCCGACGGUAUCAAAGUGUUGUUUUUUGUUCGGUGCGUGUGUGUGUGUGCUUGUAACAAACCCCUAGAGACCGAACUCACCAGUGUGCUCGCCGUCAUGCCGGAAAUAAAGGCGAUAGCGAAAAGUGCGCCAAACGCACGCAAGGACCAGACGGAAGAUGUCACCAGUGCCGGUGACGCCCCAGUGACCCUUUUCGCCGAUCAGCCCGAACGCGUGAGGAAGAUCAACGAACUGCGCAAGCUGAUACAAAACUACGAUGACUGCGAGCGUAGAAGCGACGAACUGUUUCUCUGCCGAUUUCUGUACUGCUGCGACUGGGACGUACAGGAAGCGUUUGGGCGCAUCGUGAAACUGAUCAAGCUGAAGGAAGCGAAUCCGGAAUGGUUCUUCCACAAACCGAUCGCCACCUACAGCGAGCUGCUGAAUCGGAACGUAAAGUUCGCGCUGGACCGGCGCGACCGGCGAGGCCGUCGCGUCUUUAUCACCCGCCUCGGGGCGAUCGACUUCUCCAGUAUGGCCGUGACCGAUCUGGCCAAUCUGGACGAUAUCUGGUUCGAGCUGAUGCUGAACGAGCUCGAGACGCUCGAGAGCGGCGUCACGUGCCUGAUCGAUAUGAGCGGCUACUCGCUGAAGAGCUUUCGGUUUCUAACGCCACAAAACAUACGCAUCGGGUCGGCCAAGACGGAUCUGUUGCCGCUGAAGAACAUCGAAUUUCACGUAGUCAACUCUUCGGUGUUUAUGAAUGCAGCGAUCGCCAUCCUGUACCCGAUGCUGAGCAAGAAGAUUAAGGACCAGGUACGCUUCCACUACUCCAACUGGGCGUCGCUGCACGAGUACAUUCCGGCGGACAUACUGCCGGCAGAGUACGGUGGCACCGCGGGGAAAACGUUCGACUUUCAAACCAUCCACGGCCAGGUGCUGGAUCGUGCGAACGAUUUCGAUCGAUUACUGACGUACGGUGUGCGGGAUGGGUCCGCUCCUGCCGCGACUGCUGCUACGGCACUGAUUGUCCCCAAGGGCAAGGGAGGUAAAGCGAAGGGAAAGCACAGAGAGGCGGAAAAGAAAAAGUCACUGGCGGGGUGCACUGUCGAGGAGUAACAUCUAAGUGAUAUACUAUAGCAAUUAAUGAUAAGGUUGUUAGAUGUAGAGCCUUUAUUCUUUUACAAAAAAAAAAA